UUUUUGGUUCCAAGAAGAGACUAACCUCUCAAACUUGAAAUCUCGAUUCCUCUAGUUCUUGUCUGAUUACUGUUCUGGUUCAUAAAUUCGGAAGGAUUCCGUUUCGAUUUGUUUACUUAGCGAUGGAUGAUAGUGAGAAGAGAGAUCAGGAGACGGAGAGGUUUCACAUCUUCGAUGUUUCAUUUGACGAUGAUUGCUUGAUAGCUUCUCCUUCGGGGAGGACAUUGAAUCUGCAAGGUUCUAAAAAUCAAAAGGAGAAUGAUGCAGCAUAUUCGAUUAGGCAAGAGGAUCAGACACCUGUGUCAUCUGAAUCUUUGGAACUUGAAACAAUAAGAGAGGUUAACAAGUGUAACAUGCGCAAAAGUAUUGCCUGGGAUAGUGCUUUCUUCACGAGUGCUGGUGUUCUUGAUCCUGAAGAGUUGAUUAUCAUAAAUAAAGGAUUCAGGAAAGCUGUAGUACCUCUAUUACCUGGGAUUCAAGAAGAUGUACAGAGAUCUACGGAGUCCAACUCUACAUUUGAGAGUGAUUCUUUUACAUUGGAAAGCAUUGAGAUUGAUUUGUUUGAAGAUAUAAGAGCUUCAAUUCAAAAAUCUAGUAAAUCUUCCAAUGUGAAAUCUUCUAGUAGCAACUCAGGACCAGGAGAACGAAGAACCCAAAGUCUUUUCUCUUCAAAGAGGGUUGGGCUUCCUUCUGAAAAUAUGACGAAGCCCAUAGCUGCUUCCAAGAGGCAAACUGUUGGCAUUCAAAGCUUGGGAAAUACCCCAAAGAAGGCUUCUGUACGUCCACAUGUGCAGCCUGCUUCUAAAACUGGAAAGCCAAGUUCAUCAUCCCUCAAGCCACCCACGAUACUAGGCAGGGAUGUACCCAUCUCAGCUGCUCCAGCUGCUCCAACGAAAAGGACUUCUUCGGGUGCCAACCGUAUCAAAAUAGAACAUAACACCACAAAAGCUGCAUCUGGUAAGGGUGGCACUGAUGUGUGUUCCAAGAAACCUAAAUCGGGUGAUUCUAGCAGUGUUUCCCCUAGGUCUUCACCAUCCCCAAAAUCUUCCUUUUCAGUUUCUCCUUCUGUUUCCUCGGUUAACAGAUCUGGAAGCACUUCAUCUGACUCUAGGGGUAAAUCUCCUGCAAACCCCUGGAGGAACAAAACCAGUUCUAAAAAUGUUAAUCCAGCUCCCUUUGGUUCAACCCGCAUUGACCCCAAGAGAAUCUCAUCAAGAAAUAAAGCUGAUUCUGGUAACUCUGGUCCCUCUGCACACCUAUUGUCUAUGUCAAAGCAUUAUUCAAGCAUAUCACCAGCUAGUUCUAUUGAUGGUUGGUCUUCAGAAUCAUCUUCAUCUUCUACAGUCAACCAGAGGUCUAAUUAUUCGAAAACUAUUAAGUCACCUCGCAGUGGGUUCUCUGUAGACAAUGAUGCUCCUCAGGCAUUGGAUCCGCAGACGCAUCCACAUAAUUGGGCCAGUUCUGGACGUGGAAGUGAUGGAACAGAGUUGAGGAGUGAAUGUGAAAUGAAAUUGCCUAUGGACAACAAUGCUCUUUCUCAUUUGGCUUCCACAAAUGUUCCUAGGAGCAUUAAGCCCUCAGGCCUUCGAAUGCCAUCGCCGAAGAUUGGAUUUUUUGAUGCGGAGAAAACUGCACUAAGCAGUCCCAGGGGAGGAGUAAGAAGCAGUUCACCUAAAGAUGGAGCCGGAAUCAUUUGCCUUAAUGGGAGUUCCAUUAAAACCAAACCUGGUAAAACACAACCUGCAAGAACUGUGACCGGAAGUGGGAAAAUGAAAUCUGAAUCUGAGCACACUAGAGUGCUGUGUCCUACAUCAGAUGUAAAACCUAAUUUUGCAAACCUCCAUGAACAAGCAAAUGCUUCACCCAAGGUACCUGAUGAUGCAGUGAAAUGUGGCAGUGGUGCAAAUGCAGAAGUCAAUGGUGGUCUCGAUGCAUCGAAGAAUAAUAUAGUUGCAAAAAGUGAGGGGCGGGUCUUUUCAAGAGCUAUCAAGACUAGUCCCUCAAAAGAAGUUAGGCCUUAUAUAUCUAGUGAAAAGGAAAAUUAUUUUGGAAUUGAAGAUCAGGUUGGCAGUCUCAUCAGAUCUGUUGGAGUUAUAGAUCUCAACCCGGAUGUGCUGAAUUGAAUUAUGAAGAAGUCCUCUCUUCAUCAGUUUGAUGUCAACAAUCCAGAUUCUAGUGUUCUAGAUUUAUCUUCUUUUUUAUCUUCUUUCGAGUCCCCGGAACCUCUUAGGUCAAUGAUUCCUUUCACUGUGAAGGGGUUUUUUUUCUUCUUUUGCAAUAGCAGUGUGUUUGUUUGCGUUUACAGAAGAUUCAGCCAUGCUGGUGCUAGUUGAGAAGAAAUGCUGAGAGAACAACUGAAUUAUUAUUUGUUCAUCAGCUUGUGAGCAGUUGGUAUUUCUUCAAGGCAUGUGAACUUGGAUGUAACUAGCUACUGCUUUAUUUGCCACUUGAACUCAUCUUAGUUAAUAAAUUUAUGAAAUAUUUGAUUCAAAACUCA